GGCGGGCUCCGGGGGAGGAGGAAGACGAGGAGGAAGAUGGCGGCGUCUCGCCUGGCCUGAGGCCUGGUCUGUGUCUGUGAGGCGGGAAGGAAGGCGGAUGGAAGGGAACGGAGAGAGAGAGAGAGAGAGAGGGAAAUGAAGACCCUAUGAAGUCACCACAGGCAUGAAAAGAAAAUAUCAAUAUCUAGUGGAGAUUGAGGAAUUUGGAAACCAAAGGGCAAUAAUGAAAGAAAUCAUGUGGGAAGAAGAAAUCCUCGCUAGGUGCCAAUCUUGUGGAACUCAAUUUUGAUCAGAAAGAAAAAGGGAACACUCACGUUUCCAUAUCACAUGACUGUCGACAUGAAGGAGAAACCCUAUACAUGCCUUGAGUGUGGAAAGAACUUCAGUUGGAGGAGCCAUCUGCUACUGCAUGAAAGGAUUCACACUGGGGAGAAACCCUAUACAUGCCUGGAGUGUGGACAGAGCUUCACCCGAAGUUCAGGUCUACAUUCACACCAAAGGACUCACACUGGGGAGAAACCCUUUAAAUGCCUGGAGUGUGGACAGAGCUUUACGCAUAGUUCACGUCUACAUUCACAUCAAAGGACUCACACUGGGGAGAAACCCUAUAUAUGCCUGGAGUGUGGACAGAGCUUCACUCGUAGUUCAGGCCUACGUUCACAUCAAAGGACUCACACUGGGGAGAAACCCUUUAAAUGCCUGGAGUGUGGACAGAGCUUCACUCAGAGUUCAGGUCUACGUUCACAUCAAAUGACUCACACUGGGGAGAAACCCUAUAAAUGCCUGGAGUGUGGACAGAGCUUCACUCAGAGUUCAGGCCUACGUUCACAUCAAAGGACUCACACUGGGGAGAAACCCUAUAAAUGCCUGGACUGUGGACAGAGCUUCACUCAGAAGGGGUGCUUACGUUCACAUCAAAGGACUCACACUGGGGAGAAACCCUAUAAAUGCCUGGAGUGUGGACAGAGCUUCACUUGUAGUUCAGGCCUGCGUUCACAUCAGUGGACUCACACUGGGGAGAAACCCUUUGAAUGUCUUGAGUGUGGACAGAGCUUCACUGAGAGGGGAAAUUUACGUUUACAUCAAAGGACCCACACUGGGGAGAAACCCUAUAAAUGCCUGGAGUGUGGACAGAGCUUCACUCAGAGUUCAGGCCUACGUUCACAUCAAAGGACUCACACUGGGGAGAAACCCUAUAAAUGCCUGAAGUGUGGACAGAGCUUCACUUGUAGUUCAGGCCUACGUUCACAUCAGUGGACUCACACUGGGGAGAAACCCUAUAAAUGCCUGGAAUGUGGACAGAGCUUUACUCAGGGGGGACAUUUACGUUUACAUCAAAGGACCCACACUGGGGAGAAACCCUAUAAAUGCCUGGAGUGUGGACAGAGCUUCGCUCAGAUUGGAACUCUGCAUUCACAUAAAAGAACUCACACUGGGGAGAAACCCUAUACAUGCCGGGAGUGUGGACAGAGCUUUGCUCGGAGUGCAGAUCUACAUUCACAUCAAAAGACUCACACUGGGGAGAAACCCUAUAACUGCCAGGAGUGUGGACAGAACUUUGCUCAUAGUUCAAGUCUACGUAGACAUCAAAGGACUCACACUGGGGAGAAACCCUAUAAAUGCCUGGUGUGUGGACAGGCCUUCGCUCAGAUUGGAACUCUACAUUCACAUAAAAGAACUCACACUGGGGAGAAACCCUAUACAUGCCGGGAGUGUGGACAGAGCUUUGCUCGGAGUGCAGGUCUACAUUCACAUCAAAAGAUUCACACUGGGGAGAAACCCUAUAACUGCCAGGAGUGUGGACAGAACUUUGCUCAUAGUUCAAGUCUACGUAGACAUCAAAGGACUCACACUGGGGAGAAACCCUAUAAAUGCCUGGAGUGUGGACAGACCUUCGCUCAGAUUGGAACUCUACAUUCACAUCAAAGAACUCACACUGGGGGGAAACCAUAUACAUUCCUUUAGUGUGGACAGAUCUUCACUCAGGAACCACGUCUACAUACACAUCAAAGGAGAAACCUUAUAAAUGCCUGGAGUGUUGAAAAACCUUCACUUACAAUGUAAAUCUACGUUCACAUCACAGGACUUUUCAUGACAACAAUAGGGGCAUGUGUCAAGUGUCAUAUUUAUGAAUGAGAAUAACUGGUACCAAAGGCAAAUGUGUGCUUGUAUAGGAUUGUCUACAUGGAGUAGAAUAAUAUGGUAUAAAAACAAUGAAUAGAGAGUGUGAGGUUUAUAGAUGGUAUAAAAACAAUGAAUAGAGAGUGUGAGGUUUUUGUCUAUUUUUGUUUGUUGGUGUAGUUUGUGUCUUUGUAGGUAUGUGUUUUGUUGAUAUUUGUUUCUAAUUUAGGUUUAUACUUUGUUUAGUUAGCCACAUACGUUUAGUAUCAUACAUUGUAUAAUUUCUCCUUUAUGUGAUAUUAUUGUUUUUUUACUUAAAAAUUAUUUUCUAAAAAGGUGGCAAAUUUAGAAAGGUUAAAAAUUCUGAGACUGGAGUGGCAAAAUUUAAUUUUUUAAACUGAAUAAUUUACAGGUAUUGUAACUCCUAAGUACUUAAUUUUGCUUCUAAUCUUAAAUUGAUCCAUUAUUUUCUCUUUGACCUUUCCCUCCAGGUUUAUUGUCAUUACCUCUGUUUUCUUCCAAUUAAUUAUUAAACCUGUUAUUUUCCCAAA